CUAGCGAGCGAGCGACCCCGCCGAUGGAGAGGUCCCGCGGCCUGCUGCUGGUGGCGGGCCUGCUGGCGGCGCUGCUGCCGGCGGCGGCCGCCGCCUUCGGGCCGCAGCCGGGGGCGCCGUGCGAGCCCACGCUGCUGGCGCCGCAGGUCGCGCUCUUCUGCGCGCCCGACUUCUCGACCCAGUGCUGCGAGCCCGUCGUCCCCGCCAUCAACCUCAGCGGCUGCGUCCCCUGCGUCUGCCGCGUCCCCGCGGAGCCGCAGCUCGUCAUGGCGGGCCUCAACGCCACCCACUUCCUCACGCCCUACAGCUCCUGCGGCGGCCUCCACCCCGGCGGCGCCCACCUCGCCGCCGCCUGCGAAGACGCGCGGCCUCCUCAGCAGCAAUACUGCACUGCUUCCACAUGCGGUGGUGUUCGUCCGGGCGCGCACCCCGCCUUCGCCUGCAAAGUCGUGGGACACGCUCCCCUGGGCGCCGUCUUCGGCAGCUUCACACGCCCCUCCCCACCUCGACGCAAACUUCAAGAGCUGAAGUGCGAUCCGUUUUCACUGGGAAGCAAACUGGUCUCAGCAUGCGGGGAUGACCAGCAUCCAUCCCUGCCAUGCUGCGAAUUCAUCAUUAACACAGUCGACGAAUACUGCGUUUGCGAUGUCAUUGAGGUUACUGAGGUGACAAGUGCAGGUAUUAGCGUCUCUAUGAUAUGGACAUUCUACAGUAUCUGUGGGGGCACCAGGCCUAUUCCCGCCGAUACGACAGUAUGCCAUGAACAGUCACCACCUCCCCCUCCUCCUGUGAGUCCACCGCCCCCACCACCAUCUCCCGGACCCCCGGCCUCCACGGGUGACUCUGUACUGAAGAGAUGCAUGGACACUAUCUCUCAUGCGCUGACCGAGGCGGUGGUGGGCUCUUAUGCCAUGUCGGGGUUGCUGGUCGUGUCAGUUGGUACUGGCAUCGCCGUGUGGGUUUGGAAGAAAUAUUCAGAUAAGAACAGGGAGCCGGCGCAUCUUCAUGGAGAACUGGAGUUGCAGCCAGUACGUGCCGGACAGCAGUCUACUAUCAUCGGCACUGGAGCUGCACGUCUGCGGAGGCCAAUGACAUCAGCGCAAACCACUGUUCCGAGCACCCCAUCCAUCCCGGCUGCGACUGCGAGCGCCCCGUCCAUCCCGGCUGCGACUGCGAGCGCCCCGUCCAUCCCGGCUGUGAGCGCCCCACCGGAGCUACUUUCCGCUCCUGCCCCCCGGCUAGCCAUCCUAGAGUAGGCAAGAGUAUGUGAGGCUCAGUGUCAAACCAUUGUUGAUUCAUUCGAGCAGAACUUAUUUAGCCCUGAGUUCCAUUAGUGUCAAACCUCUUCAUAUGAAUCUCUUGCAUGCUGUUUCGUGCUCGACGAGAUAUUUUAUCCGUUUUGUGAAACUACUUUGCCCCUUCAAAAAAAAUUGGUGUUUCGUCAA